AUUGUAAGGUGACAUUGGUGUUAUGUUGGGAAAUAUUUGUAAGAAAAAUUAAAAACUGAAAUAUCUUGCUUGCAUAAAUAUUCAACCCCCACACAUUAAUAUUUGGUAGAGCCACCUUUCGCUGCAAUAACAGCUUUAAGUCUUUUGGGGUAAGUAUGUACCAGCUUUGCACACAGUGUUGGAGUGAUUUUGGCCCAUUCUUCUUGGCAGAUUUGCUCCAGGUUGUUCAGGUUGGUUGGACCUCAAUUUUCAAAUAGUGCCACAGAUUCUCAAUGGGAUUGAGAUCAGGACUUUGACUGGGCCACUGUAGGACAUUCACCUUUUUGUUAUUGAGCCACUCCAAUGUUGCUUUGGCCUUGAGCUUGGGAUCAUUGUCCUGCUGAAAGGUGAAUUUCCUCCCAAGCUUCAGUUUUUUUAGCGGACUGAAGCAGGUUCUCUUGCAGUAUUUCCCUGUAUUUUGCUCCAUCCAUUCUUCCUUCAAUUUUAACAAGGUGCCCAGUCCUUGCUGAUGAGAAGCAUCCCCACAGUAUGAUGCUGCCACCACCAUACUUCACUGUAGGGAUGGUGUGUCUUGAGGCAUGGGCAGUGUUAGGUUUGCGCCACACAUAGCGCUUUGAGUUUUGGCCAAAAAGCUCUAUCUUGGUCUCAUCUGACCACAAAACCUUUUCCCACAUCGCAGCUGGGUCACUCUCAUGCUUUCUGGCAAACUCCAGACGUGCUUUCAGAUGGUACUUUUUGAGUAACGGCUUCUUUCGUGCCACCCUCCCAUACAGACCAGUGUUAUGCAGAGCUCUUGAUAUGGUUGACUGGUGCACCAUUACUCCACUCCCAGCCACUGAACUCUGUAGCUCCUUCAAAGUGAUUGUUGGCCUCUCUGUGGCUUCUCUCACAAGUCUCCUUCUUGUUUGAGCGCUGAGUUUUGAGGGACGACCUUUUUCUUGGCAGUGCCUGGGUGGUGUGAUGCAGCUUCCACUUCCUGAUUAUUGAUCCAACUGUGCUCACUGGGAUAUCCAAACACUUGGAUAUUAUUUUGUACCCUUUCCCUAAUCUGUGCAUUUGUAUUACUUUAUCUCUAACUUCUGUAGAAUGCUCUUUGGUCUUCAUUUUCCUUCAGAUUCACAGCCUGACCAAUGAUCCUUCAACAGUGGGGUUUUUAUUUUUCUAUCCAGAAAAUGUGACAGCAACUUUAAUGGUUCACAGGUGGAGGCCAAUGGUAAGGUAAUUGUGUCCUCGUUAGGGCAAUUUCUUUCAUCAGUGUAAACUGGGAGCUUCCACAGCACAGGGGUUGAAUACUUAUGCAAGCAAGAUAUUUCAUUUUUUAAUUUUCUUAAAAAUAUUUCCCAACAUAACACCAAUGUCACCUUACAAUAAUUGAUUUUGAGUUUCAGUGUUUUAAAAUAAAAUACCAAACAGAACAAAAUUUCAAUGUACCAUUUGUAAUUCAGUAAUAUGAGAGAAUUGGUCAGGUGUCUGAAUACUUUUGCAAGGCACUGUGUGUAUAAAUAUAUAUAUAAAUUGUGUGCAUGUGUACGUAAAUGUCACUGUUUUCAUUGUAUAUUGUUGGAGGGUAGUGUUUAUUUAAUAGUUUUUAUUUUUUAUUUGGCCCUAUUAGGUGCGGAAUGUGAUUUAAGGCUUCGUUGUCCCACAGCCAUCUGGUAGUUGCAGCCUCACUGCAAUGCUAUUGUAUACAGUGCUAAGAACUGGAACAAUCCAAUGAUUUUUGAUCUGAAAGAGGGAACUGUUAGCUUGAUCCUGCAAGCAGAAAGACACUUUCUGCUAGUAGACUGAGCAGGCAUCUAUUUGUUUUCAUGUGAAGGACGCCUCAUUUCCACUCCCAAGUUUCCAGGAAUGAGAACCGAUAUUAUGAAUGCCCAGACUGUCUCUCUUAGCAAUGAUACUGUUGCAAUUCGAGAUAAAGCUGAUGAGAAAGAUGGAGUAAAUGGAAGUUGCUUUGGACCAAUCAUUGAUAAAAAUCGAGACUGUACAUCACCUCAGUAAGAUUAUUUGGAAAGGAGCCAAAGAUCAUCAAAAUUGGAACAAACAUUGUGGGCCCGCCUUUCUGCAAUGGCAAUAGCCAAUAAAGAACUGACAACUGCAGAGGUUGCUUAUACAGUAAUUGGAGAGAAAUGCAAUUUUCUUCCUCAGAUUGACAAAGUUCAGUACAUCAAUUCUGUAAAGGAUCUCCCAUCCAAAGAAUCAUCAAUGGCUCAUAUGAUGCUGUUUAGUGGAAAUGUACAAGGGGUUCUGCAAGCAGGUCUUGUAUACCAAGCAAUCCAGGUUCAUAUAAACCUUUACAACUGCGACAGGGCGCUGGAACUGGCAGUAAAACACAAGACACAUGUUGACACUGUUCUAGUUCACAGGCAGAAAUAUUUAGAGGAUUUCAGCAAAAAAGAAACCAACAGAAGAUUCUUGCAGUACUCGGGGGAAGUGGAAGUAGACCACUCCAGCAGCUUCAACAGUGAGAAGCAGCAUAUUCAGAAGAUGUUAACCUGUGAUGGAGUUACUCCUCGUUUCAUGAUAUAGUGCACUUCUUCAUUUCACACACUACUUGGAAUUACACUUCCAUUCAAUUUAAAAUGCCAGUAUAACAAUCUUAAUACCAGUGUGGUCUAUAUUUCCCCUGUGGGCAAAUCACAGACAAUUUGCAAUAGAAUGCCAAUUUCCCCACAGUGGAAAACCAAACCUAUGUAUACAUGUGUAUGUAUUUCAGAUUAGAACUAAUUGAGGUUGAGAACACUAUGUUAAAAUGUUGCAAUCUUACAUAUAUAUAUAUAUAUAUA